AUGCAAUGCUCAAUACUGGACGCGGAUAAUUAUACCGUUUUUAUUAAUGGACAACCGACAGUGAAUACGACUCAUACAAAUGAUUCUAUAACAUUGAGUGGAUUUUCCGAUGGUGCGACAUUUCUCAGCUUAUUCGCUUUGGAUACAUAUGGCUUACCUAUUUUCACAUCAUUUCAAUUAUAUUUUGGAUCGAUUUCAAUGCCUGUUCAUGUCUCCUUUGCCAAUGGCAGUGCUGCUGUCGGUGUCAUAGUCAAUCUCAAUAUAACGGAUGAUCCUCGUGUUAGUCAAAGUGGCGUGACCAAUGAUCAUGGAAUGGUUAUCUUUGAUCAUGUGCCACCUUUGACUAUCUCUAUUUUUGCUCAUACAAAAGAUAAUCAAAUCGGUUUGGCCGGAGUGGCACCAUCAAACUCUCAAAUAAAUCUCACUCUUAUUCCAUUCAAUGAGGAGAAAAAAGUGAACAAAUUAGAAAAUCGAGAAUAUCUCCAAGUAACAACACUUGGUCAAACGUUACAAACUAUAUCACGAACAUUUAUGACUGGAUCAAAUGCAAGCGAGGCCUAUGUGGAAUAUCAAUUUAUUACCUCGGAAGUACCUGGAGGUUAUUUCGGCUCACAAUUCAAUGACUAUUUUAGCGUGACAUUACGAUCAGACAAAGGGCAGUACAUCACCAAAACUGACAGUAUGAAUGGACUCGGUCUUGGAGCCUUUAAUUUCGCUACUGGUGCAACAGGUUGGAGUAAUUUAACGUUAAAAGUAGAUUCUGUUCCGGAACGAAUUCGAUUCGAUGUCGGCGUAUCCAAUGUUGCCGAUGGUCUUUAUCAAUCUUCAGUCAAUAUUCGAAAAUAUGGAUCGAAUCAAUGCACUGAUUGUGAAAAGGAAUGUGUCAAAUGCACGUCGGACCCGAUGUGCCGUGAUACAUGUAUGAAUCCACCGAUGCAAAGUUGUGCAUUUUAUCUAAGUUGUUUAGAAGCGAAAGCUCCGUGUGGUCCAAAUGGAUAUGCAUACAGUUAUGGAAUGAAGAAUUGUAUAAAAUUUUCCAAUAGAUUAAAAUCAUUCAGUUCUCAUGGACAAACAUGGAUUUGGAAUACUAUGAAUUGUUUGCAAAAGGCUCUGGUUUCCCCCUUGAAAAACUGCGAAAAAGAUUGUUUAACUUUACGAAAAAUGGCUUUCGAUUCUCAUCCCGAAUGUUAUAUUAAGAAUGGUGUUUGUAAUUUACCUCCAUUCGACUGGAUGACAAUUGUUAGUAUCGUCGGCAAAGAUUUACUUAGCCUGGAAGGUUUUAUUCAAGCGUUGAAAACUGCACCACAAUGUAUUCCAACUAUUUUAGAUAGAAUUCAAACGGAACUACAACAAACAAUACUAUUACCAUCGAAAAUUGCUUUGUCGAUUAUAGAAAAAUGGUUAAAAUCACUUUAA